GCUUCGUCUUCGUUUUCCAAUAAAGCACGACAAAAUGUCAGAAAUGAAUGGUGUUACGACUAGCCGGCAGAGAUGGAAGUAUCUCGACCGCGUCCUUUCGCGGCCCGGACCAUUUACAGACGAGGACUGGGUACCGGGCGAGGAAGUGAUCAGCUUUCUAGAAAGCGCCAAAGUUUUAGUAAUCGGUGCCGGUGGAUUGGGUUGCGAAAUCUUGAAGAACCUAGCUCUUUCAGGUUUCAAGGAUAUACAUGUGAUUGACAUGGACACAAUCGACGUUUCGAACCUCAACCGGCAAUUUCUCUUUCGGCAAUCCGACGUGGGCAAGCCAAAGGCAGAAGUUGCAGCUCGCUUUGUUGAACGCCGUGUAAAGGGUGUCAAGAUCACUCCGUAUUGCGGACGUAUUCAAGACAAAGAUGAGGAUUACUAUAUGCAGUUCAACAUGAUCAUCUGUGGACUGGAUAGCAUAGAAGCACGUCGGUGGAUAAAUGCUAUGCUAGUUGGCAUGGUUGAUAUGGAGAACCCAGAAAGCAUGAAGCCACUGAUCGACGGUGGAACAGAAGGCUUUAAGGGCCAAGCGCGAGUCAUUUUACCCACUAUGACUUCCUGCUUUGAGUGUCAAUUAGAUAUGCAUGCACCACGAGCAGCUGUGCCCUUGUGCACGCUUGCAACUAUUCCGCGACAGCCUCAGCACUGCAUUGAAUGGGCGCAUAUUAUCGCGUGGGAGGAAGAGCGCAAAGGUGACAUACUUGAUAAUGAUGAUCCCGAACAUAUCACAUGGCUGUAUCAAAAGGCUCUCGCAAGAGCAAAGGAGUUCAACAUUAGCGGUGUGACUUAUUCCCUAACACAAGGAGUUGUCAAGAACAUAAUUCCUGCCAUUGCAUCUACAAAUGCCAUUAUAGCGGCCAGCUGCUGCAAUGAGGCCUUCAAGAUUGCCACCAAUACCAAUCCUUACUUGGGUGUGCCUGAAACUGCAAAUUACAUGAUGUAUAGCGGAGACGACAGCAUCUAUACAUACACUUUCGAACACCAGCGAAAGGAGGACUGUCCAGUGUGUGGAAAUCUCGCGAAGGAUCUUGAGAUUAAUGCCCGUUGGACGUUGCAGGAGUUCAUCGACAGCCUUGCUGAACGAGCAGAGGCUCAGCUCAAGAAGCCUACUCUUCGGACGGAAAAAUCCUCUCUGUAUUAUCAGUCGCCACCUGCACUUGAGGAAGCCACGCGGCCCAAUCUUAGAAAGAAACUGUUUGAUCUUGUGAGCGAUGGCGAGGAGAUUGCUGUUUCAGAUCCUGCUUUCCAGAUAGACUUUAAAUUCCGGCUUCUCUUCCGAGACAAAUAGAGGUACACGUUUUAGGCGCCUAAAAAUCUGCAUUUACAUCUUAUCAAAUGAAUGGAUUCGGCUGCUGUAUGAUCAAAAGAGGACAGCGGAUUCUCGUAUGAGCAAGCAGGGUCGCACUGGGAAAUAAGAUUGAAAUUGGCGCUACGAACGGGAUGGUUGUAUUAUCUUUUCGCAUUGUUGAAAAAGGAGGUCUCGUAUUGCAAGCUAAGGCCAGUUGCUUCUGCUUAUCCAUGUCAUACUUCGAAAUAGCAAAACAG